CGUCGCGUCCCCCGCUCGGAACUCAAGUCACAGUGGAGCGCCGCCGCCGCCGCCGCCGCGGAGCCGCAACUUUCCCCGCGAGCUGGAAAUAUGGGAUGUAUAAAAUCAAAAAGGAAAGAGAAUCUGAAUGACGAUGGAAUAGAUUUGAAGACUCAACCAGUACGUAAUACUGACCGAACUAUUUAUGUGAGAGAUCCAACGUCCAAUAAACAGCCAAGGCCAGUUACAGAAUCUGAGCUUUUACCAGGACAGAGGUUUCAAACUAAAGAUCCAGAGGAACAAGGAGACAUUGUGGUAGCCUUGUACCCCUAUGAUGGCAUCCACCAAGACGACUUGUCCUUUAGGAAAGGAGAGAAGAUGAAAGUCUUAGAGGAGCACGGAGAAUGGUGGAAAGCCAAAUCCCUUUCCACAAAGAGAGAAGGCUUCAUCCCCAGCAACUACGUAGCCAAAGUCAACACCUUGGAAACAGAAGAGUGGUUUUUCAAGGAUAUAACCAGGAAAGAUGCCGAAAGGCAGCUUCUGGCGCCAGGGAAUGGCCCUGGAGCUUUCCUUAUCAGAGAGAGUGAAACAUUGAAAGGAAGCUACUCUCUUUCUGUCAGAGACUAUGACCCUGUGCACGGCGAUAUUAUUAAGCACUACAAAAUUAGAAGUCUGGACAAUGGGGGUUAUUACAUCUCUCCCAGAAUCACGUUUCCUUGUAUCAGUGACAUGAUUAAGCAUUACCAAAAGCAGUCAGAUGGCUUGUGCAGAAGAUUGGAGAAGGCUUGUAUUAGUCCCAAACCACAAAAGCCGUGGGAUAAAGAUGCCUGGGAAAUCCCACGGGAGUCCAUUAAGUUGGUGAAGAGGCUCGGUGCUGGGCAGUUCGGGGAAGUCUGGAUGGGUUACUAUCACAACAGCACCAAAGUGGCUGUAAAAACCCUGAAGCCAGGCACCAUGUCCGUGCAGGCCUUCCUGGAGGAGGCGAACCUCAUGAAGACGCUUCAGCACGACAAGCUGGUGAGGCUGUACGCCGUGGUCACCAGGGAGGAGCCCAUCUACAUCAUCACAGAAUAUAUGGCCAAAGGCAGUUUGCUGGAUUUCCUGAAGAGUGAUGAAGGGGGCAAAGUGCUGCUUCCAAAGCUCAUUGACUUUUCUGCUCAGAUCGCAGAGGGAAUGGCGUAUAUCGAGAGGAAGAACUACAUUCACCGGGACCUGCGAGCUGCUAACGUCCUGGUCUCUGAGUCACUCAUGUGCAAAAUCGCGGAUUUCGGCCUUGCUCGCGUGAUCGAAGAUAACGAGUACACAGCAAGGGAAGGUGCUAAAUUCCCCAUCAAGUGGACAGCUCCGGAAGCAAUCAAUUUUGGAUGUUUCACUAUUAAGUCUGAUGUGUGGUCCUUCGGAAUUCUCCUAUAUGAAAUCGUCACCUAUGGGAAAAUUCCCUAUCCAGGGAGAACUAAUGCCGACGUGAUGACCGCGCUGUCUCAGGGCUAUAGGAUGCCUCGCAUGGAGACCUGCCCAGAGGAGCUCUAUGAAAUCAUGAAGAUGUGCUGGAAAGAAAAGGCAGAAGAGAGGCCGACGUUUGAUUACCUGCAGAGCGUCCUGGAUGAUUUCUACACUGCCACAGAAGGCCAGUAUCAGCAGCAGCCUUAGAUCGCAGCAAGACCCGCAAACUUCACAGGGACAGCUGCCUCGUUAAAGAAGAAACAAUCACAACUACUGGUUGUACUAGUUUUCAUGUGUUAAGAUCAUCUACCGUCCCUGCUUCCUGCAAUGAGGCUAAAUUACUCAGGAAGAAACACUCUACGUGGAAGAGUAUCUUCUCACCAGAGGAUGCCCUCAGUCCCCUCGGGGUUUGCCCCUCGGCCUUCUUCCAGUUGGCCGUCUUGCUUGGCCAACAUCUGAAUACAGCCUUCUGAGGAAAAAACACACCCACUCUGGCCUCUUGUUUACAAUUGGAUGUGUGACUCAAAGGUUCAGAGGCCAUUUCAAUAAAUCUCCAACAGUAGACCUAAAUGCAUUUAUAAAAGUAAAAUAACCAGCUACUUAUCAUGGCCCUUCUUCGUAUUUUCUCUAUGCUUUGGCUUAUUUGUUUGAAAAUUACUAAUCUAACCUGUUAGAUUUUGCAGGUGAAGUCAAAAGCUUGAAAAUGUCUCUCCCAGAUUUCAGUGAUUGUCCGUCCACCUGAAAUCUGUUAAACGUUUCCAUCCGUGGAGAGUGGCCAGUACCCCCAGGGAGGAAGUGGCUUCGCUCUUCUGGUCUCUUUUCUAUAGACGUGCCAUUUGUGAGCCAUGCAGAGCUGCCGUGUUGAGUGACAUGGACCUCACUGACUGCCGGGCCUUGCCCAGACCUCCCAAGGGAGAAGAGCCUCAGAACCUGCUCUGCCUUUAGAAUGACUACUAGUAAACGGUCUGGCUUUUCAGCUCCACAAUGUCCUAUAUACUGACUUUCGUUGACAAUGUAGCUGGAAGAAGAAUAAGAUUCUAAUCUCUGUAGAACUUUAUAAAACAUAAAAAUUUUCCUUAUUGCUUCAAAUGAUUUGAACAUUAUUUUAAUCAUCAAAUAUUAAUUUUAGUUGUACUACUCAAAAAUGCCAUGUUUGGGUCCUCUUUUGUGAUUCAGCAAUCUUUUCUAAAUGGUCUAAGUGUGUGAGUCUAUUUAUACAGGAUGAAAAGGAAAAUAAGCAACUGAGGAGGCUCCGAUGAACCACUGUAGCAAGAGAUACAUGCAAUUUUGUUUACUAAAUGUUUCUUACCACUGUAAGGUCUGAAUGGAAAAAUGCUUUAGCACAUGUUUCACUUAUGCUGUCAUGUACAUACCUAAUAUUUCUAUUUUUUGAUUUUAUUUUAAUACACCUAGCCCAAUAACAUGUCCAA